GACCCGCCCCGCGCCCGCUCCCAGGCUGCGGGGCCGCGGGGCGCAGAGCAGAAACCGGGCGCCCACGGGCUGAGUGGCGCGCGGGCCGGGAUGCGCGCCCUCUUGCCGCCCCCGCUCCCGGGACAGGGCGCGGCGCGACCCCAUGGCAGCCGCUGCCCGCCGGCCGCCCGCGCCCCAGGGCCGGCCCCGACGCCAGCCGAGACUUCCAGCUCCGUCCGCCGCCCGGGAGCCACGGACCUGCCCGUAGCCAUUGGCCCCGGCCGCCGGCGCUUCCCGCAGGCGCUCAUCGUGGGCGUGAAGAAGGGUGGCACGCGCGCCCUGCUGGAGUUCCUGCGGCUGCACCCCGACGUCCGCGCGCUCGGCUCCGAGCCCCACUUCUUCGACAGGUGCUACGAGCGCGGCCUCGCCUGGUAUCGGAGUCUGAUGCCCCGAACCUUGGACGGGCAGAUCACCAUGGAGAAGACCCCCAGCUACUUCGUGACGCGAGAGGCGCCCCGCCGAAUCCACGCCAUGUCCCCGGACACGAAGCUGAUCGUGGUGGUGCGGAACCCCGUGACCCGGGCCAUCUCCGACUAUGCCCAGACGCUCUCCAAGACCCCGGGCCUGCCCAGCUUCCGCGCCCUGGCCUUCCGCCACGGCCUGGGCCCCGUGGACACGGCCUGGAGCGCCGUCCGCAUCGGCCUGUAUGCCCAGCACCUGGACAACUGGCUGCGCUACUUCCCCCUGUCCCAUUUCCUGUUUGUCAGCGGGGAGCGCCUGGUCAGCGACCCGGCCGGAGAGGUCGGCCGCGUGCAGGACUUCCUGGGCCUUAAACGGGUCGUCACGGACAAGCACUUCUACUUCAACGUCACCAAGGGCUUCCCCUGCCUCCAGAAGGCCCAGGGCAGCCGCCGGCCCCGCUGCCUGGGCAAGUCCAAGGGCCGGCCCCACCCGCGCGUGGCCCAGGCUGUGGUCCGGCGCCUGCAGGACUUCUAUCGGCCCUUCAACCACAAGUUCUACCAGAUGACGGGCCAGGACUUCGGCUGGGACUGAGUGGCACCCUGGGGAGGCCCGGGACCUUGACUGACAUCCGCUCACCCGGCCAGAGCAGGCGGUGUGCACAUGCUGCACGGAGAGGGAUAGUUCAGAAAUAAAAGCUUGGGACCCAGUGCGGUGGCUCGCGCCUGUAAUCCCAGCACUUUGGGAGGCCGAGGCGGGCAGAUCACAAGGUCAGGAGUUCGAGACCAGCCUGGCCAACAUAGUGAAACCCAGUCUCUGCUAAAAAUACAAAAAUUAGCCAGGUGUGGUGGCUGGUGCCUGUAGUCCCAGCUACUCGGGAGGCUGAGGCAGGAGAAUUGCUUGAAUCUGGGAGGCAGAGGUUGCGGUGAGCCGAGAUUGCGCCAUUGCACUCCAGCCUGGGUGACAAGAGUGAGACCCUGUCUCAAAAAAAAAAAAAAAAAAAAAAAAAAAAAAAGCUUGGACCCAGAUUUUUCCUCAAGACCUGGAGGUUGGAGGAUGGAGGUGCUGCCUCCAGGGGUGUGAUAACCAUACCAGUGACCUCCACUGGGCACUCACUGUGUGCCUCUUGUCACCCAAAACUCUUUUUUUUUUUUUUUUGAGAUGGAGUCAACCUCUGUGGCCCAGGCUGGAGUGCAGUGUUGAGAUCUCAGCUCACUGCAGCCUCCACUUCCCGGGUUCUAGUGAUUCUCUUGCCUCAGCCUCCCAGGUAGUUGGGGCUACAGGCGUCUGCCACCACGCCCGGCUAAUAUUUGUAUUUUUUGUAGAGAUCUGGUUUUGCCAUGUUGGCCAGGCUGGUCUCGAACACCUGACCUCAAAUGAUCCGCCUGCCUCGGCCUCCCAGUGCUGGGAUUACAGGUGUGAGCCACCGCACCCAGCCCAAAACUCAUUCUUUGUACACCCUCAGAGGUGGGCGGUGUGUCUUGUCAGGUCUAGCAUGUGAACUUGGAGAGGCUUAGGGCCUGCCCAGUGACAUGCGGUUUAGCCCUAGUGACACUCGGGGCCACACACUUCUCAGACCUGGGAGGUUGGGCGAGGCUGUCCUCAGGCUCGGGAUGAGGAAACUGAGGCCGCAGGCUGCUCUGUGGACUGGUGGGGCAGGAUUAAAUUCGGGUCUGCACCUACCACCUUGGUUCAUCCCACAUCCAGGUGCGCAGUGGCCUCUUCCUUCUGGAGCUUUCUGCGGAACUGACGGAGUGUUCGUGAGAGCAGCGAGUGUUGGGUGUGUGGGUGGGGCGAUCGAUGAUUAAUAGCCUCCUAGACUUCCUUGUAGAGCCCCACCCACUCUCAGGCCCCACCCACUCAGGGCCCCACCCACUCCCCCCAGGCUCCUGCUGCCCCAGUACCGCUGUGUUCUGCCCCCUCCCGCUGGGGACAGGGCUGGAACCAGUGGCCAUCUGCAGCUCAGCUGCCCGCUCAUAACUGAGGCCAGACUCAGGCAGGCUGGGGUGCCCCGUCCACCCCAUGUCCUGGGCACGGGAGAGUCCCCUCAGUCAUGACUCUCACCUGCUCCUGGCCACGUGCGGUGUUCCCGGUGCCCACCAGCUGUCCUGAUGAUGACCCCGGGGCUGCCUGGGCUCAGCUCCAGGCCUGUCUUGGGGCCUGGCUGUGGCCUACACAGCCUGGCUGAGCCUUGGGUCCCACAGCCCUGAUGUGGUCUUUCUGCCUCUCUUGGAGGCACAGAGAUACAGGCAGUGAGGAAGGGUUUGCAGGAGGGCCACCUGUCAGCUUUGAGCCAGUGGCUCCAUCCGUGACCACAGCCACUGUCUCUGCCACAUGACGGCUGGGUGAGGAGGGGAGGCAGGGGCUGCAUCUAGAUACCCAUCCCCGUUCCUGUUAAGUUUCUGGGCGGAGUGGCCUCUCCCAUCUGUCUGCAGCUGCCCUAAGGGGCAGGCGCUUCCUCCAGGCCCCUCCGUCCCAGGCCAUGACAGAGGCAGGUUCCGGGUUCCCCUCCAAGCAUGCACCCAGAGACUGCAGUGGCAACGUGGUGGGCAGAUGUGGUCCCAGAUGUGGACAAGUCAUGGGCCUCGAAGUUCUGAUGUGGGUGGAGGGGAAAGAGCCCGCCUGACUGACAGCAGCCACGGGAUCCAUGCCCGGAGGGGAUCACUGGGCUUGGCUGCUCUGUCCCCACGCCCUGCACAGGUGUCCCCUGUGAAGACAGCCAGGCUGCCUGCCCUGGUCGGUGGGGCUGGGAGGGAGGCAGGACAGCCCCUGGCCCCUGGUGACCCAGUUCCCGCUGGGUGCAUGUGAAUUUCUUCUUGCCAGACACACCCUUCCGAUGCUGGGAUAGUUUCACGGGCUGCUCUCCGUCGUUCUCCAGUGAGCUCUCUGGAUGGCAGCCGGAGGCAGUCAGGGGUAAACCAGACCCAGUGUUGUACAAUCCUCUGACCCCUGCCUUUACCCGUUACUGGUUUUAGGGUGAAAAACAGACUCCUGACCACAGCUGUUACAGUCCUGUAAGCCUUGCCUGCCCCUCAGCCCUACGUGCGCCCCUCAUUCCAACACGCCCACCACACUGGCACCUGCCAGCUCCUUCCGCCGCCAUGCUCUGUCCGAACUCAUGGGCUUUGCACUGCUCCCCCUGCCUGGAAUGCCUUUCCCUGCAGAAGGUGCCCACGGGGAUGGAGGCAGCCUUCGAGGGGUAGCUGUGCUUUCACUGAGGCUCUGCUACUUUCUUCCCUCUGUUUAGGGCUCCCUUUCCAAGCCCAGCAAAUCACCCCACUCUUCCCUUCCCGACAGAGCUGUGGGGGUGGGGUGGGGCACUGCUUUGCCUGGCUUUGGGGCCUGAGCCCAGGGCCUGGGGGGCAGGCCCUGGAAGCAGCGAGGGGAGAGGGUGGGCUGGCAUGUUCUGCACCCUGCAAGUGGGAACUCCACCUAACCGCCAGCACCCCAUGAGGGUGAGGUGCCCAGCUGUGCCUCUGAACACACGGAGGGCAGAUGUGGGGGACCUACGGGCUGCAUGCGGGGAGGGGCUCCCUGGGAGAGUCAUCGGCCUUUAAUUAAAGUCCCUAAAUUGCU